GUAACGGUACCGAACUGAAUCUCUACAUACGUGUGUGCGUGCUCUUCCAAGAUCAUAAACACUCAUUCUCCUUUCUUCUCCAUUUUCAAAAUUCUCUGAGUUCUUCUUUUUCGUUCUCUAAAGAUUCUCAGAGUUCGACUUCUUGAAAUCUCAGGUUUGUUGCCAUAUCUCCCUCUCAAUCAAGGCUGCUGUUGUUAUUACUUGCGGUUUAUUUAUAUAAUGGACAUCGGAGAAGCUAUAAUCACGCUUGGACGCGUAUUAGGGUUCUCUUCUCUUUUUAUUAUUAUUCUUUUUCUUUGGUUUUAGAGUUUUAUAUUGAUGCGUUGAGAUUGGUUAAGGAGAUAUUCAAGAUUUCGAUUACUGCUGAUCUUGAUGCGUUGCGGUUGGUUUGAUUGGAGAUUGAAGUUUUUAAUACGUGGAAUAUCAAGAUUACUCUUCAAGAUUUCGAUUAUUGCUGAUCUAAAUUUAGUUUUACUUUUUCGGUAGGGUUAGGGUUUUUUUAAUUCUUUCUUGCAGUGAGAGCAUCAAAGGAUUCGAUGCAAUUGGGUUCUUCGUCAUGCGUUCCUGUAUGUUAUUGGGCCUGGUUCCUUUGGAAAUUUAGAUUUUCUUGCUUGUUACUGAUUAACAGACAGAGAUUGUGGGAUUAGCUUCUGAAAUUUGGAUCUUUGAUGGGAUUUGGAUUGUCUUUGAAGGAAUGGUUAAUAUGUCUCUGUUAUCCAUUGAUUCCCUCUCUAUAUCUUUCUUUAUUAUAGUAUGGAGGUCAAGAUACCCAGGGGACUUUCAUAUCAAAGGGAAGGACAGCCUGCAAACCGUGCAUUGUGUAAAUUCAAUCUGGUUGGAAAGUGCAACAGAAACCCCUGUAGGUUUUUACAUUCACAACCACCAAUCUUGACUGAACUUUCAAGUGCUUUACCUGAAAACCGGCCAAAGAAGAAUACCAACUUUAGUGGCAGGAAGAAUGUGUGGACUUUGAGUGGCUCAAAAGAUGGAAUCAGAAAGACCCCCACUAAUAACAGACCUAAGAACUCCUUGGCUUCUUCUUCUGGAAGUGUUGAGUCAGGAAACAAGAUAAAUACUUUAAAGACUCCACCAAAUGUCUGUGAAUACUGGCUAUCUGGAAAUUGUGUGAAAGGUGAUAACUGCAGGUUUAUACAUUCAUGGUUUUGAGGAAAUGGGAUCUCAACGCUGGCAAAGCUUGAUGGGCACCAAAAGGAAAGCUUUUGUUCGCUGAUAUGUUUUUUCAGGGUUAUUUUAAAAUUCUGUUUGGCCUUGAAGGAAGGAGAUAAAUUUAACAAAUGUGUACCAGCUCCUUGAAUGGCUGUCAGUGGGAUUGCCCUUCCUUUAGGGUCAGACAAGUUUUAUUCAGGCAGUAAAGAUGGAACAGUCCGACCUUGGGACUGUCAUACUGGUCAAUGUGCCAAUGUAAUCAAUCUUGGUGAUGAAGUUGGCUGCUUGAUUUGUGAGGGGCCAUGGGUCUUUAUAGGCAUGCCCAAUGUUGUUAAGGCAUGGAAUAUUGAGUCAUCAUCCGAAUUUAUCCUUAAUGAACCAGCUGGCCAAGUUUAUUGCAUGGUUGUUGCUAACAAAAUGCUCUUUGCUGGAGCACGGGAUGGUGGUAUUUUUGUUUGGAAAGGCAAUCAUGAAGCUGAGAAUCCUUUUCAUCAUGUUGGAUCUCUAAGAGGCCACUCUCACACAGUGACAUGUCUAACUGUUGGAUGCAAUAUGCUUUACUCUGGUUCCAUGGACAAUACAAUAAUUACCCAAGGCUGUGUUGUUUUAGAAGUCUAUUUAAUGUGGCACUGCCCUUUUUACUCACGGAGUAAUCUAUUUAUAUUGAUUCUGAUAGGGAUAUUUUCUUGUUAUUGAUUUUUUCUUUGGGUUCUGGGUUGAUGCUUUUACUCUUUUCAUUUUGGAGCAUAUAUCAUGCCAUCGAGCUGAUGCGUUCUAUUUAAAAUGUUAUUUUAACAUGCAUCUGAUGUUGAACUUUUGUUUAAUUUGUAUAGUUAUACAUAUUUCCUGAUGUGCUAAUCUCUCUCUCUUGUCUUCCUUUCUUAAACUAGGUUUGGCAUCUUGAUACUCUACAGUCUAUUAUGACACUAGAUGGUCAUACUAAUGCACCAAUGUCUCUUUUAUGUUGGGAUCAAUUUUUGUUAUCCUGUUCAUUGGACCAGACUAUGAAAGUUUGGGGUGUUGGAGUGGGCAACUUGGAAGUAACCUAUAUACAACUAAGAACAUGGUGUGCCUGCGCUUUGUGGGUUGAAUAAUUCUGGACAACCAGUACUGUUAUGCGCUUGUAACGAUAAUUCUCUUCACCUAUAUGAUUUACCAUCAAGAGCAUCUUCUUUAAUGUAUAAGAAUAAUUUACUAGCUGACAUAUAUGUUUCCUUUUGGCUAACAAAUUGCAACCUUUUUUUGGCAUAAGUUCACUGAGAGGGCGAGGAUAUUGUCAAAACAUGAAGUUAGAGACAUUCAGGUUAGUCCUGAUGGCCUCAUUUUCACUGGUGAUGGAAUCGGAAUGUUAAGCGUAUGAAGCUGUUGACAAAGUCAAGUGGAUGAGCCUUCUCAUUAAAAUUUGUACGAGAAACAAGUUGCAGUAUAAAUUGCAGAGUUUGGCUGUAUAUGAAGAGGCAUAGAAAGAACCUAACAUUGGGUUUUUUAUCCCUGGUGAUUUUUUCUAAUUUUUUUCAUGGGUUGUGCUUUUCAAUCUGUUCAAGUUUUUGUAGAAGAACUGUAUAAUUUAAUACUGGAAUAAAAUUAUUUUGUUAGCCA